AUGUCGCGAAUUUCGCGAUGUCUCGUGCUUUUUGGAGCAGUUUGCGCCUUGUCGUCGUGCGUGUCUCAUAAACGAUUCAGAAGACAAGUUUUGCCGUCGCAACAUAUUCAAGUGAGUGUUCUUUAACGAAAAAUAGCCUCGACUUAUUUAAAAAUCUGCCGUUAUUCUUCAUUUUAAGCGGAAAAACUCGUCAAAGCUUUUUCUAGUCUUAAAAGUUUUUUCGACAGCCCUCUUCAUCUAAUAAAAUAUUUUCAGGUCGAUUCAGAUGACUCAGUCGUCAAUCUUGAUGAUUCCAUCACAGUGGACUCUGGAGAUUCAAGAAUCCAACUAAAUGAAAAGUUUGACUGCUUCAAAAACUGAUCAAAUAUUUUCUGUUAAGAAAUGUAAACGGGACAAUUUGGUCAGGGAAAUCACGGGUUAACUUUGACACUUACGACACCUAUGUAAAUGCGUCAGCUCAACUAGCCGAGUCCAUUAUGAACAUACAAAACUGUGCUUUAAUCCAUGGAAAGUCAGGAAACAGCGAGGUGAUACGGGAAUAAACUGAUUGUUUUUGAAGAUUCGAUUCAGAUUUAUAUGAGAACCAACAGGACAUCCGAUGGUCAUACUUUCGUGAAUCACCAGAUGUACGAUCGGGCUAAUGUUACAGUAAACGACGAAGGAGUGCGGGUACAGGUGAGUUUUUUGUAAUCAUACAAAAUAUGUUCUAAGUCCUUCUAGUAAAAAAAAAGCUAUGAAAUUUCAGGCAGUGAAUGGAAAAAGAGUGGGCAUCGAAGCGACUACAUGGGAAAAGUACCUCGAAAAGACCAUGACGAUGGCCGCCGUUAACAAUCCCAUUACAGGAGAAAGAGAGCUGAUGCUGAACAGUUUGUUUUUGAAUAUCAUCCAUGGAAAAAAUCAGAUUUCAGUUAUUGCGCCUCAAUACAAACUGGAUGUCUGUUUUGUUGGUUCUAAUAUCUAUAUAGAGUUUGCUGACAAAAUCGUGGAGAUCGACGCUGAUUUCUCCAAUGUUAACAUAUUCACAGAUAAGUAUGUUGUUAACUUUCGCACGCUGGACUUGAAGACACCUUACGACGUGAGUGACAAAUGAGGAUUUCUCUUUUGAAAUCAUUUUAGGUGAAUCUGUCAAGAGAUCAAAUUGUCGUCCGAUGUCCUCAGGAAAAUACACAUGUUCAUGUGAAGCCAUUAGGUGUCAACGUCCAAGUCGAAGAGUUUGCAAAGUGAGUGAAGUUUUGACGGUUUUUCAUGUUUCUUUGAUCAAGAAUGCAAGUCGAUCGAGGAGGUGGUGUAAUGACUCUUGGUGAGAAACCUUUGAACGCCGAUACUGUCAGAGUGAGAAAAAAAUUUCUUUUCCAAAAUUAUUGCGGUUUUCAGGUUGUUUCUUUGUCGACCAUGUUAGAUUUAGCGAAUGACGGGCACGUACGAGCUGACACGACAAAAUCACACAUCGAAAUGCAAACUCCUGUCAUAAACGUGAGUGAGGUCCUUAUUUGAAUAUCGCGAAAAGUCAAAAGAGAUAAAAUCAAUUUUAUUUGAUUUCGAAUAUUUUUUUUUCCUUUAAAGUCUACAGAAAAUGAAAAAGUAGAUUAUAUGAAAAUCGGCUUGCUUGAAUAUUUUUUUGAAUAAAUAUUUUUUUUUUUUUUCUGCAAGAACUCAAUUUUUUCUUUAAUUUCUAAACGCUACCCCGAUCUUUUGCAUUGUAAUAUAAUCUUGUGGAAAUUGACCGAAAAAAAAAUUUUGCAACUUUUAAUAAUAUCAUCCCAAAAACUAAAAGCUUGAGCAUUCAGAGACUGAAAAGAGUUUUUAGCUAAUAUUCUGAAAAUUAUUUGAAAAAAAGUUCUUCAAACUCAGGCAUAUUCAAUUAUUUCAAGAUAGACGAUUUUCUCAUUUAGGUGGGCUUAACGGCAGCUCACCACGAUCUCCGCGUGAACGGCGGAGUUCCUCAUCUGAUUGUGGAGGCCGGCCAAGCGUGCGUAGAAGUGACAGCAAGCAACGGAUUGCCUGGAGGAGUUACUCUUCUGCCUCCGUUCGUUGUUCCAGAAGACAAGUUCUUGACCUACGGACCGUUCCAAGGUAAAGACGGCAAAGCCUACAUGGCGACGUACUACACGAGUGCCUUGGAUGCGAGCAUGGCCACGUCUUUCUAUCACCCAUCACAUCAGCACGGUGCACCCGUUAUUGCAAAUGCACCAGUUCCACCAGAACUAUCACCUCCUGUUUCUCUCAAAAAUUUGAUGGCACUUCCUCCUGGCUUUGCAGGCGAUGUGGUUGUACCGCAAAAUACGACUACCUCAACCUCAACCACAACCACAACUCCAAAACCAACGACGACAUCGUCGACAACGACAACUACCACGACUACAACCACGCCUACUACUACUAGCACCACGACAACAACAACUACUACAACUACUACCACCACGACCACGACACCUGACGCUGAUAUGGAAGAGCUGCGACGUCUACAGGAAAAAAUCCAAAAGUUGAAAAAAAUACGAGAGUGGACUUCAGAAGAGAUCUCCAAUGACCACGAUGGAGAUCAGAAAACUGAAACUUUCACGUACCCGAACGGUACUACAGUCACCCGACUGAUAAAUAUUAAGAGAAAAAUCACGACAAAAAUAGUUCACAAGCACAGAGAAGAACAGGAUGAUGACAAACCUGCUCCAGUGAACGGUACAAGAACGGUUAUCACACGCGUCAAUGGCACUGUAGUCCCAAAUCCAGUGCAUCGACGUAAUAGAACACACACUUCAACAUCGACAGUCACAACACCUUCUUCAACAUUGGCUGUGACAACUCUCCCUUCAACUUUGGCGGCUCCUAUCCCUCGCAAUAUUCUCACUACCGUUGCGCCAACUUCCCAACAAGGAUCAACUUUUUCAGCUUCCACUUCGACAAGCACGAAAAAGCCCUCAAUAACAAUCCCCCCGGCUUUAAUGCAAAAUAUUCUCAAGAAUGAUCGAACUUCCAAUGGCUUGGAAGCGCCUCCUAUGCCUCCACAAAGUGCACCCCCACCACCUUUUCCGCAUGUUCUAACUCUUUAGUUUUAUGUCCUUUUUUCUAUCCAUCUGCAAUGAAUUUAUUUUGUUGUUGUCUUCAAACAAUAUUUGGCACAAUGAAAGAAAAGCAGUUAAAAUUCAAAAACUUUCAGGCAACUCUACAGCCUUGCCCGUCAAGUUUCCAUAUCCUGGAGGGUUGAACGUGACGCAAUCACCUCUUGAAAACUGCAAUACCAACAAUCUGACUUUGGGCAAUGUUACUAAUCCUCAAAAUACCGCGACUCCUACUCCUAGCGCUGAACAAACUAGUACAGAAGUUACAUCCCAAACUUACUAUCCACCUUCGAAUCCUUCUCCUGAAGUUGAUUACUGGACACCAGGCUCUUCGACGCUGGAACCAAUUACUUAUCCUACUCAAAGAGUCACAGAAACACCAGUUACCACAGAAAAACCAACGACGACGGAGUUUUCCUUUGACACUUCAACAUUAACACCCCCUCAAAGUUCUAACAAUACCCAAUCAACUAGCUCUGAGAUUGAAGAAGCUACUACGACUCCUAAAGAAGAAUUUUCGACUCAAGAAACGGUUGAAGUCACCACGACCGCAAAUGUUGAGAUAGAAAAGCCUACGACGUAUUCAACUACCGAGCCUCCAACGACGUCGUAUACAGCAUUUUCUGAAUCCUCAACAGUGUCUUCUGGAGAGGAAAACGUGGUGACUCAAACGAAUGGCGAAUGGGAAGGCGGAUCAGAAACCCUCUAUUCAACUGAAGCGAUGCCAACUCCUGAGACGUUAGGAACAGAUCAACCUGCCAACCACAGUUUAGAUACUACGACGACCUCUCCGGAGUUUCCCACACCGUCAGAACUUCCCCAAAUAACAGAGAGUACUAAAGAGAGCUUCACUUCUGAAACCAUGCCCACCCCGCCGACGCUCCCGGCAGAGCCUACUCUUCCGAUGCCAGAAAGCACGGCAUCUUCCGAGUUCCAGUCGACGACUUCCGAUCAAUUUGUUUUUGGGCACUACUAUUCUACAGAAGAGUCCUCAGAGAGUAAGGCCAAGAAAAUUUCGAAAGAGAAACCUUUUUCAGUGACGUCCACGCAAGGUUCAAUGAUCGGCAUCACGGCUAAUAUUGGUAAUAUUGACUUGGUCACGUAUCCUCCUAGUAAUCCUUCAGAAAUUCCUACACCUGGUAGUCUGGGGAACACAGGUACUUUUCUAUUAAAUUACAUUGACAGAGAAUGGCUUUUUCUAGGCACUGUCGAGUCGCUGCCCACUCCUGGACCUUUAGAAGUGAACACAACAACUCAGCAACCAACGUUUCCUUCUUCGUAACUUCUAUGACUUUUAUUUCUAAAUAUGAUGAUUUUAGAAGUGGAAGGAUGUUGAUUCUGAAAAUGCGAGUUCCUGAUGGAGUUGACAUACAUUCUCCAGAUUUCGCCAAAAACAUCAGCUUGAGCUUGAAGCGUUUGGUGAGGGACACGAAUCGGAAGUUGCGAAGGAGGCAUCGAAGAGAUGCUGAAGCCUCGGAUAGUUCAUCUGUUCUGGUAUAACUAUUCUGAAAAAUCAAAUCAAUUUUUUUCAGAUCAAUGAAAUAUUCAAAAUCAACAACAAUGAAACUGAUAUCGUUUUUUCAUUGGUUGACUACGAAAUUUCCCAAAAAGAUUUGGAAGAAGCUCUACAUGAAAUAGAUUCAGGAGUUUUGAACGAAUAUUUCGAAUAUCCAGUGAGUUUCCAUAAAUUUGAUGGAACUUGUCUUUUUUUCGCAGACGAUAAGCAGUAUAGAAACUCCUACGGAAGCCGAGUUGAAGUUCUCCCUUGCGAUUAAAACAGUGAUUCUUUUUACCACCUUCCUUUUUUUCAUGACAGCUUUUGUUGUUUGCCUCGUGAAAACAGAUAAACCAAGAUUGGUGAGUAUUGAUCCUAUUUCUUUCUAGAUUUUCAGAAUUUUUUAGUUCAUUAAAUGGAUGGGUCGACAUUUUGCCCAAUACACCGUGCCAAGUCAUGCAAACAACGUCGCUUUUGAACGACCAAGCGCUUGA